CAUAGUACAGUUGUGUGCAGGAUGUGAGAUGAGGAACCACAGGCUGAGCUGCUGCUGAUCAGCUGGCGUCCGGGGAUGAGUAACAGGACUCGGGGCCCAGGCAAAGGCCACACUGCCUGCUCUGAUCUGCACAGGGAGCUGAGAGAUGGAACCCAGAGGGGAAUCAGAGAAGCAAGAAGAUGAGCUGCAUGGGAAAGAAGGGAAGCAGCAGAGAGAUGCAGUGCUUGGGGGAACUGUGGUACAGCAGGAUUUGGGGGAAUUACAGAGGUUGUCGGGGAUACAGGGGCAGCAUAUAUGUGAUGAAAAGAUGAGUGAAUGGCAAGAAUGGGCACAGGCUCAGAAACAGCUGCUGUUAACAGAGGGAGCUUUGCAUACAGGGGAGGUAACUGGUAAUAUGCAGCAGGGGGAGGCUGCAGGUUUGCAGGGCCAUGCUGCGUAUAGGAAGCAGAACCAACAGCAAGUGUUAAGAGAGGUACCAGGGGAAGACCACCAGCAGCAGAGGAGCGCUGUGACUGACAGCCAACAUUAUGCCCAACUAUUCACUGCUGAUGCAAGUAAAGAGGCCCAGGACUUGGAAAACUCCAUAGAAGAAAUGUUAAUUAGGCUGGACGAGUUUUGCGCCAUGAUGGAUAUGAUCAGAAAUGAAACCUCUCUAAUUCUAGAAGAAGAGAUGCCAGCAAUUGAACUAAGAGUGGAAGAAAUGAACAGGAUCUACUGUAGAGUUAAUAAACUAGAGGCAUUUGUGAAAAUGGUCGGACACCAUGUGUCUUUCCUGGAGGAAGAAGUGAUCCGGGCGGAGAGAAAUCGCUUAUCAUUUCCACGCGCAGUUAAUAGGAUCCUGGCAGGGGCUCCUAUUCCAACCUUCCGACCAAAAUGCUCUAAAAAACAGGAUCCUUAUGAACUACCGGCCCUCUACAGAACAGAGGAUUACUUUCCUGCAAGUUGCAAACAUCAGGAAAACGUGAAAUGAUGUGUAUUGGACUUUAUUCGGUGCCAGAAAUUGUCAAUUCAUUCCUUUUCUAACCCAUGCUGCAUUUCUGCCAUUCUGAAGCCAGCUACUCAUCGCAUUUGCACUAGUUUCUGUCUACCCCUAGGGCAGUGAUGGGGAAGCUUUAGCACUCCAGCUGUUGUAGAACUACACAUCCCAGCAUGCCCUGCUAUAGUUUUAGUAUGGCCAAAUAGCAAAACGGUAGCAGGGCAUGCUGGGAUGUGUAGUUCUACAACAGCUGGAGUGGCAAGUUCCCCAUCCCUGCCCUAGGGUAAUGGGAGGGACUAUCACUGUUUUUCUUGUACUUUGUCUGUAACAUACAUUUUUCGCAAGUAUACACGGACAUUAAAAUUAAAAAAAGUUUAUUUUGUAAAACGUGUUAUCAAAUAAAAGAACUUCCUUUUG